AUGUCUGUCAUUAAGAAGGUCGCAGUUGUCGGAGGUUCGGGCAACCUUGGCCCCAGUAUCGUCACCGGCCUCCUCGACGCUGGCUUCGAGGUCACUGCAGUUUCCAGAAAGGAGUCCAGCGCAACCUUCCCCGCUGGCGCUACCGUCAAGAAGAUUGACCUCACCUCGACCGAAGCUGUCACAGAAGUUUUCAAGGGCCAAGACGCCGUCGUCUCUGUUGUUGGAAAUGCCGGAUUCGGCAGCCAAAGGCUCCUCGCCGAUGCUGCUCUCGCCGCUGGUGUGAAGCGCUUCAUCCCCUCAGAAUUCGGAAUCAACACCCGCAAGGCCCGCGACACAAAGAUUGGCGGCAUCGUGGCUCCCAAGGUUGAGACUGUUGAUUACUUGAUCCAGCUCGCCGAGAAGAACAGCUCUUUCACCUGGACUGGUAUUUCCACCGGACCUUUCUACGACUGGGACUUCAGCGGUGGUGUCCUUGGCUUCGAUCUUAACAACAAGACGGUCAAGAUCUUCGACUCUGGAAACGAGCCUGUCACACCAUCCACUUUCUCCCUUAUCGGAAAGUCCGUCGCGGGCGUGCUGAAGCACCCCGAAGCGACCGCCAACAAGUACAUCGAAGUUGCAUCUUUCACAACUACCCAGCGAGAGUUGCUGAAGAUCAUCGAGGAGUUGACUGGCUCCACUUUCACCGUCAGCAACGUCAAGACCUCGGAUCUGGAGAAGAUUGCGGACGAGAAGCUGUCCAAGGGUGACUUCAGCGCUUUCAUCGACUUGCUGCAGCAGUACAGCUUCGCUGAUGGUAACGGCAAUGCCUCAAAGGAUAACGCUGCCGUCAAGUUGUUGGGUCUGCAGGAGGAUGAUAUCAAGGCCGAGACCAAGAAGGCCCUGGCCUUGUGGAAGUAA